AUGCCAUCACCGGAGCUGGCAAGUGGUUCUCUCCCCCCAGAGCAGUCUCCCGCGGGCUCGCAAUCUGGCUUCCAGAAUGGUUCGGGCGCGUUCGAUUCGGGCGCGGACUCUUUUGACCUUGGAGCAGAGCUUCCAGCUAAUGGCCAGAAUGCCAAUGCGUCUGGAGACAGCAAACCCAACCCCAAAACUAUGACAGGAACCUCUGGGGAUUCCAACAAUGAUAUCAACGGCACUCCUCAAUCGAACGGCACCAAUGGCUCUGCGCAAAGCCGGAAACGAUCCCGAGACGGUUCUGUUCUCCCAGGAAGUGAUCUUUCUGGAACUAUGGCUGUCCGUACGCGCCAGACACCUGUCGAGAAGGUUCUCAUAGAGCAAUACGUCAACCGCGAGUUCGACUAUGCAGCUGCUUCAGCCUGGCAAAAUUCAAACCAAGAGCUUCUGAAAGAGAAGCGAGCCGAACGUGAUUUCUAUUUACAGAUCAGACGUGAGAACCAUGGGAACCCCGGAGCCUUGUAUGGUGUAGGAUACGAAGGCUUUGGUAAUCAACGUACCGAUAUUCGCAAUCAGCACACUCAGCUCUUGUAUCCAUCAAAUCGCCGUCGCCCUGGAAAUCGCAAAACACGCGAGCUGCGUGUCUCCCGUCGUGAGAUGAAAAUACAGAAUGAGCAGAUUGAAGAUUUGGUGCCGAUCCGCCUGGACAUUGACUGGGAGAAAAUCAAGAUCCGCGACACUUUCACUUGGAAUCUACACGACCGUGUCAUCUUUUUCGCAGAGAAGCUGGUCGAAGACCUUGGGCUUGCCUAUGAAACGUCAGGUCCCUUGAUGCGUCAGAUCUCCCAAAAUAUCCAAGAGCAGCUGAUGGAUUACUACCCUCAAAUUUACAUGCACGAAGAACCCCUUGACCCGCACCUACCAUACUCUGCAUAUCGGAAUGACGAGAUGCGCAUUCUGAUCAAAUUGAACAUUACAAUCGGACAGCAUACCCUAGUUGAUCAAUUCGAGUGGGAUAUUAAUGAUCCUCAAAACUCCCCCGAGGACUUCGCUAUGCGCAUGACUGACGACCUUUCGCUCUCGGGCGAAUUUACAACUGCUAUUGCCCAUUCCAUUCGCGAGCAAUCACAACUCUUCACCAAAUCUCUCUACAUUGUGGCUCACCCCUUCGAUGGUCGCCCAAUUGAGGAUCCAGAUCUCAGCACUUCAUUCCUUCCAACCCCUGUACCAUCUGCUUUCCGGCCCUACCAGGCUGCCAAAGAACACUCCCCCACGCUCUGGGAGCUCAAUGAGGCAGAUCUCGAGCGCACCGAGAUCUCAAUAUCUCGCGAGCAACGGCGACAAAAGCGAUCUAUCAACCGCCGCGGUGGUCCUGCCCUUCCAGAUCUGAAGGAUCGCCCACGCACUAUUCGAACAUUGAUUGUUUCUUCAGUUAUCCCUAAUUCUGCAACCUCCAUGGAAGAAAGCAAUGUGAUCAAGCGAUCAGGGUCCAGCCGACGCCGUGGAGCUGCUGGACAUCGGGGUGAUGAUGAAUCAGAUGACUUCGAUAGCGAAGAUUCGGAUGAUGAGUCCCCUGCAAUUGGCCCAUACCUGUCUCAAGGUACUGCUCGCACAAGAGGCAUGAGGGGUGCCGCCAGGGAAGCUACAGCCGCUAUGCGUGCUGGCCUCGGACAGUCUGAAACUCCGGAACCAGUCCUUGAACCUCGGGCAUCCUCUCGACGUCAACCGCCAGCGCAGUAUCGCGAGGAAAGCGUCGAAGAAGCCGAAAAGUUGAUAGUUCGCCUCAGAGUUCCCCGAGGGAAGCUAGCGAUGUUGCGACAAGGAGGAAGAAUUGACACUCCCCAACCCAACUCCUCUUCGGCCGCGAUGAGACCUCCGUAUGACAACCAGCCCAUCCCAGGAGCUCCACGAACGCAGCAAAUAGGAGCGGUCGAUGCGCCAAAUCCCCCACAGACAGGGGUACCUGGACCCCCUCCGCCUAGCUGGCUUGUCCAAGGCAUCGAAAGAUUAAAAGAAUUGAACCCAAACGACUCCUUCGAAGGUAUCAUGCGCUAUUCUGCAGUUGACAUGGAAACGUUCGCCGCUAUAACAAACCCCCAAAACCUCCCGCCCGGUCACAAAAUCAAAUAUCAAUACCUUCCUCGUAUUCGCUGCCUUGAUUGUCCUGGAAAACUAUACACCCCUGGGCCAGGCAUGACUGUUGAUAACUUUGAGGUCCACCUCCGAAACCGACAACACAAAGAACGUGUUGAUGAGCGAGUUGCACGACAGGGUGGCUCGCUAGCCAAUCCUAACCUCAGCAGCGCGAGCGCCAGCCCGGCUCCUGGAUCCCAUCCUCGGUCAUGA